UGGCUGGGAUGGAGUCAGUCUGAGGGGCAGGCGGAGGAGAGAGCACAGCCCACCGAGCCCCUCCACCCCCGCCCCGGGCCCAUGCGGCCCCCCAGAGACCAUGGGAUCCAGGAUCAAACAAAACCCGGAAACAACAUAUGAAGUGUAUGUUGAAGUGACCUGUCCAGGGACAAGCAGCAUUGGAGCAGAUCCUGAGGUGCGGAGGAAAUUCCCGGAGGACUACAGUGACCAGGAAGUUCUACAGACUUUGACCAAGUUUUGUUUCCCCUUCUAUGUGGACAGCCUUACAGUCAGCCAAGUUGGCCAGAACUUUACAUUUGUGCUCACAGACAUUGACAGCAAACAGAGAUUUGGAUUCUGUCGCUUAUCUUCUGGGGCCAAAAGUUGCUUCUGUAUCUUAAGUUAUCUCCCAUGGUUUGAAGUCUUUUAUAAGCUGCUCAACAUCUUGGCAGAUUAUACAGCAAAAGGACAGGACAGUCAGAGGAAUGAACUCCUAGAAACACUUCAUAAACUUCCCAUCCCUGACCCAGGAACACCUGUUAAUCUCAGUGUGCAUUCUUACUUUAGUGUGCCUGACAUCACAGAGCUUCCCAGUAUCCCUGAAAAUAGAAAUCUGACAGAGUAUUUUGUAGCCGUCGAUGUCAACAACAUGCUGCAUCUCUAUGCUAGUAUGCUCUAUGAACGCCGCAUCCUCAUCUGCUGUAGUAAACUGAGCACUUUAACUGCCUGCGUUCAUGGGUCUGCAGCUAUGCUCUACCCAAUGUUCUGGCAACAUGUUUACAUUCCUGUUCUGCCCCCGCAUCUGUUGGACUACUGCUGUGCCCCGAUGCCCUACCUCAUUGGAAUACAUUUAAGUUUAAUGGAGAAAGUUAGAAAUAUGGCCCUGGAAGAUGUGGUGAUUCUUAAUGUUGAUACCAACACACUGGAAACUCCUUUUGAUGAUCUACAGAACCUUCCCAGUGAUGUGGUUUCUGCACUUAAGAACAGAUUAAAGAAAGUCUCCACAACUACUGGGGAUGGUGUGGCAAGAGCAUUCCUAAAAGCCCAGGCCUCUUUCUUUGGGAGCUACAGAAAUGCACUGAAAAUUGAACCCGAGGAGCCAAUCACUUUUUGUGAAGAAACGUUUGUGUCUCAUCGUUCUACUGCCAUGAGGCAGUUUCUUCAGAAUGCUAUUCAGCUCCAGCUCUUUAAGCAGUUUAUUGAUGGACGCCUUGAUCGUCUCAACUCUGGAGAGGGCUUCAGUGAUGUUUUUGAAGAAGAGAUAAAUAUGGGAGAAUAUGCUGGGAGUGACAGACUGUACCAUCAGUGGCUCUCUACAGUAAGGAAAGGAAGUGGAGCCAUUAUAAAUACAGUAAAGACCAAGGCUAACCCGGCCAUGAAGACUGUCUAUAAGUUUGCAAAAGAUCAUGCAAAAAUGGGAAUAAAAGAGGUGAAAAACCGCUUGAAGCAAAAGGACAUUGCUGAGAAUGGAUGCUCUGCAACACCAGAAGAGUCCCUACCAAGGACAGCUCCUUCUCCGUUGGGUGAAAAGAAGGACCCUAAACUCAGAGAAGAUAGAAGACCAAUCACAGUACACUUUGGGCAGCAGCAAAGAGUACGUCCACCUCGGCCGCCUCCUCCAAAGAUACAGCGUUCAUCUAGGCCCGUUCGUCCUCCAAGACCUCACGUUGUUAAGAGACCCAAGAGCAACAUUGCUGUGGAAGGGCGAAGGACUUCAGUUUCUAGUCCAGAACACCUUGUAAAGCCCAUGCGACACUAUACAGUCUUCCUCUCUGAGGACUCUUCUGGUGAUGAAUUUCAGCAGGAAGAGGAUCCUGUCUCUGCCUUCUCUGAAAACUUUUUCUUCUCAGCUCCUUUUGAAUGGCCUCAGCCAUACCGGGCCCUGAAAGAGUCUGAUAGUGCUGAUGGAGAAGAGGUUCUCAGUCCAGAAAAAGCAGAGGAGGCUCUGCCCCCAGACCCUUCUACGCCAGACAAGGUCACAGAAGUUAACCUCCUGGAGGACAUUUUCACUAAUUUAGAGGUGGAAAAACAGCCUCAAUCUCUCAGCCAAGCCAAAAGCUUGGAAGACCUAAGGACCCCCAAAGAGGAGGGUGUGCUGCAAUGUACUUUUGAUUACCAGAGGAUGGAUCUUGGUGAAUCUGAGAGAAGCAGGAUUGUGCCAGCAAUAAAACUCUCUCAUCCCUACAACAAGCUGUGGAGUAUGGGUCACGAUGACAUGGCUAUUCCUACCAAAUAUUCCCAAAGCUCACCAGAGAGGCCCCUGACUUCUUUUGGGACCAUCCCAUCAGUCCCACGGAGACCCCGGAGCAGAGACAGCAUCCCGAUGCCUGCGGAAAAGGAAGAAGGGAACACGGCUAUUCAAGGGAACAUCACCAUCCCUAGACCACAGGGCCGAAAAACUCCUGAGCAAGGGAUAGUCCCUCCACCACCAGCACCUAGACCCACCAAACCCCAGACUCCAGCUGGCACAGCAGACGCUGUGAACGCCUACGCUGUGAGACGUAGUGACUUGGUUUCAGAGCUAAUGCAGGAGCCCUUUGGAGCUGGGAAUGUGUCCCUUGACCCAGAAUUCAGACAGUCAGUAACUUAUUCACCUCACCCCUCUCAGCUUCUCUCCAGUUCUAGCAGUGCUACUGAGAUGCUCCAGCCAGUCAAGGUUAGUACAGAAAAUGCCGGUAGUGAAAGUGACUAUCUUCUUCGUCUGCUGGAUCCAUUAAAAACAACCAGCUGGCAAAACAUGGGAUCCCAGCAAGGCUCCAGCAGGAUGCAGAGCUCAGCCUCUCGAAGCUCUGCUGCCGGCUUUGCUUCAGUGGUGAGCGACUUUGCAUCUCCUCCACCAGCACCAUUCACCCAGCCGCUGGGAUACCCUCCUUCAGCACUGCCAUUUCUGCAGCCAUCCCUCAAUCCAUUUACACAGACAGUGCCAGCAGCCCUGACGAUAUCGCUGGUCAGACCCCCAGGGGGGCCCUUUACUCCUCCUUUAGGCCACGCUUAUUGCUCCAGCUUCAUGACACCUAAUUCUGGCUUUUACCAACCACAGCAACCUAAGCCAAACAUUUCAGCAUUGUCCAUGCCCCAUCUAUUUGGCCAAGCUCCGACAGCAUCACAGGCUAGUUCCUUACUGCAGCAGAGCCAUAAUCCUUCCCCAGCCAGCUCUCUGCAGCCAGCACGUCCUUCUAAAAUCAGAACAUUACCAGCAGGCCAUUCUGGCUCAAAGAUAGCUGUCAAGCAAGGGUUGACGCUAAGUUCUAACGACCCCCCUCUGGUUCCCCCAAGGCCCGCUAAGGGCGUAGAAUCAGUGUUACUUCCCUCAAAACCUGAGGAGACAAAAGAUCCAUUUGAAGAUUUGUUAAAAAAGACAAAACAGGAGGUUUCAGGCACGCCAGGUAACGUAGAACAGCUCAGAAAGCAAUGGGAAACCUUUGAAUAAUGCUCCCAUCUGACCUUAUUUCUUUGGGGGGUUGGAUUUUUUAUUUUAUUAUUAUUGUUAUUUGGUUGGCUUGUUUUGAGCCAGCACAAAACCAUGUUUCUUUAUAUGGAAAGUUAUAGACACAGGAAACACAACUGCUCUUCUAGAAUUCACAUACAAGUGCUACUGGCUGGAGUCCAUUUUGCUGAUGAACCCCCACAUUGUCCCAUUACCAGCUAAGGUUUCUCACUGGUAUCCUAGCUGGCUUUUUGCCUGCAGUCAGUUAAAAUUCCAAUGAGUCUUGCACUGGCCAGAGCAUUCAGGUCAUUAGGGUAUUAUUUCCUUUUCUUUUCCCCCACACAGCCUUUUCAAGAAACUACUGAACCAGAAACUGCUCAUUCCCUCCCUUCUAGUCUCACACACCCUGGGACAUGACACAGCACGUAGUUUUUGCUUCCUACCUGUGUGAACAGUGUUCAGAUCAAUUUCUUCAAUUACACAUAUUGCUUAUAAUGUUUUGCUUACAUAUGUAGUAUGCAACAAGGUAACCAAGACUUGUGGUUUGUAUUGAGUUAAUCCACUGGGCUUAAAUUGCAUUUGUUUAAUAGCCUGUCUAGCAAUAUAUACACGUGACUAUUACACAAUUUUAUCAGCUUUUGUUGUAGGUUUUGUUUGUUUUUUUUACACUCACUCCACUACCAUCCCCUACAGAGCAGGGACUUCUUCAGUACAAAACCCAUACAAGUCCCAGUUACAGCAAAACUGCAGCACAGAGCAAAGCAUCCUGCAGCUCAGGGCUCGAUCCUCUGUCUCCCAUGGGAAACUGGAAGCACCAGCAAUUUAGUUUUUAGACAAAGACAUCGGAAAAUGUCUUUUGAUGGGGUCCUUAAACUAUAUCCUAGUUAACCUGUAAUUGUAUGUUAGUAGUAUAUAUAUACAUAUUCUAGACAGCAGUAUUUGAACUGGAUGUAAUAGUAUCUUAUUUUAUUACAAAAAAGAGAACAAACAUCAGGGCAUAAGUAUUCCCAGCUCUUGAGUUCUCAAAGCCAAACCGUAGUACACUGACCAGGAG